AAAUCGGAGUGAUCUGCUUGUUAUUUCUGUGAACUAUACCGAUGUGUAUUUUGAACGAAUUUCAGUUUCCCCGCGUUACAUAUGAUAAUAAUUAAGCUGUGGAAACGGAGCGUUAAUGAAUAUAAACAGCGUUCAAGGUCCCGAUCUUACUGGAUUGCUUGAAAAAUCGUUCCUCCCAGAAAAGAGAAAAAGUGUUCCUGUUUAGACGGUCGGAACAGGAAAUUGUAUAAUUAUGUUAAAGACAUAUUUUGUUAGUUCGUUCGAAUCCAUUCAAGUCGUUCCUUUCAAGCUGAUAUCCUGCGGGUAUCGAUUUGGAUGCGAUUCUAUGCUUGUGACGUACCUUUCCAGUUUGACUGAGGAAGAGAAGGAAUGCAACAGCAAGAACAUGGGUGAGCUCUAUCAUUAUGGCAAUAUUUCUAUUCUUUGGGCCUGUAAUUGGCGUCGUCGUUAACCGUUUUGGAUGUCGUGUGGCCAGGAUCAUAGGUUGCCUGUCCUGUGCUGUCGGUCUUGGCUUGGGCUCCCUGGCUCCGAACAUCAUUAUUUUAUAUGUAGCCUUUUGUAUACUCUUCGGCUUUGGUACGUCAUUCAUUUACCUUUCCUCGCCAUUGAUUAUGACCCACUACUUUAAUAAGAGAAGAUCCGUGGCUCUUGGAAUUGUGACAGCCGGUCAAGGUCUGGGAACUAUGAUAUGUGGUCCCGUUUUACAGGUGAUGGCUGCCAUGUCCAACUGGAGGAAGACUUUUCUCAUGUUCGCGGGUAUUUUGGCUCUCUCGUCCUUGACGGGCUGCUUUCUGAAACACGAUAGCUCCAGAUCCACAGCUUCGUCGACCCAAGGCGAGAAAAAUUCAAAGAAGUUUGGUUGGAAUAUAGCUGUUUGUAAGAACCCCAAAUUUUUGGUUUUACUGGUUAUGAGUACAUUUUUCAACUUUGUUCGGAUGAUUCCUUACGUACACUUGAUAAAACACUGCGACGAUCUUGGCAUUCCAGCAGAUAAGAGUUCCACACUUUUCACUAUUAUUGGAAUAUUUGCCGCCAUUGGUCGUUUGUGCGCUGGCUGCCUUUGCGACCUCAAAUAUGUCAACUCACGCCUCCUCUUCCAGGCAAGCGUGUUAUUGAGUAGCGCCUCGAUCAUGCUUCUAACAGUGCCAAAGACUUACACCCCACUGGCUGCAGUAGUCAUAAUAUUCAGCCUAGGGGACGGACUGGUGGUGUCAACAUUCGUUAUCGAGCUGUUCAAGUCUGUAAAGGAGUCAGAAAGAGCACUUUGCCUUGGAUUUUGCAUGAUGGCAGGUGGGGCCCUAAUCUUCUGCGGCCCGCCUUUAGCUGGUCUUAUGGCAGACAGAUUUGGAAACUACAUAGCUGCAUUUCUCGUGGCGGGAGGUGUUGGGGUUGUCAGCUCUCCCAUCCCUUUUCUCAUUCCGUGUUUCGAGCCGCAAAAUAACGGCGGAGAUCCCGUGGAACAUCUUGAAGAAUUGAUGGACAAGGAUAUAUGUGUUUCUCCACCAAACUACAAAUCUACAAAUGGUGAUAUUCCCAGAACAGUUUAUCCUAAAGAGUCAGUAGAGUCGUUGAAUGCAAAAAGGACGUCUAUGGUGCGCCCCGCGUCUAACAGGCCUGUAUCGUUUAUGUGGGCCAUGGAAAGUCCUUAUAAUUUUUAACAAAGUAUUCUAUUCCAACUAUACUAACAGAGUAGAGCGCUUUUCCAUUGAGUGUCGUUGAACCAUAAUCAAAGUAAUUACAACAGCCAAUCAGGAGAAAGGAAAAUACCUUGAAGAGCCAAUGAGAACUCAAAAUAAAAACUAAAGCGCGGGAAAACGCGGUUGGUGGCAACGUUUAUAUCAAUUACUCCCGCUUCGCUCUUUGAUUGGUUUGUUUACUACUAGUUGAUUUAGUUAAGUAGACUGUCUUGUAAAGUUAAUUUCAGAUCGAAGAAAAAUCGGUUAUACGAUUGCAAGUAUUCUUCGGUAAUGGGCCGUCUUGGUUUUCACGCGGAACACAAGUUCUACCUUAUAUUAUUAUAUAGGGAGAAGUUCCAUAUUAAUCAGUUGUUAGAGUUAUAGGGUUAAAUGAUGGGUCAAGUGUUUGAAAAUGGAAUCUUUAUUUUCUUAUAACCAGAUAUAAAUUAUACAGAAAGACAAAUUAAUGUAACUUAUUUUUCACUGGAGAAUCGCAGUUUUUAAGUUUUUUAAUUUAUAAAAUAUGAAUAAAAGAAUACACACGCAA